CAGAUAUUCAUACAUUCUUUUUUUUUUUUUUUUUUUUCCUGAGGCAGGUCCUCCUGACUUCAGGGCUGGUGCUCUUAUCUAUUGCACCACCUAGCUGCCCCAUAUUCAUAUGUUCUUAAGAAUAAUCCAGAUAACCUAAACUAUACAGUUCAAUCUCAUUUGUUUACUUAUGGUGUUUGAGGAUUCAUUAGGUCAGAUCACUUAUCUUUCUUUUGAAAGCUAUAUAAUCCUUGUCCUUUAAAAAAUUUACUUUCAAACUUUUUCACCAAGGCAUUAAGAUGGUUAAACAAUUGGGUGGAUACAUAAUAAAUGUUUUGGUUAUGUGUCUCUUUAAAUUUUUAAUUUUCAGAUACCCCUAUUUUUAUUUCUAUUUUAAGAAUCAUGGAGACAUGAUCAGGCAGAACUGUGUUUUUGCUAAUAGAAAUACUUGGAUGUUUUGAACAAUUCUUAUGAACAAGAGAAAUAGCUUCCUUUCAUUAGGAGAAGGGAACAAGGCAGACAACAACCUUAAUACUAGUUGUCAUUUACAGAGAAAAAGCUAUAAGAUAUUAUGGAGUUCAUCCUGUUCAACCUUCUCAUUUUACAGAUGAGGAAAUUGAAGCCUAGAGGUGAUUUAUCCAAGGUCACCCAGACAGUUAUUGGAAGUUCCAGAACUAGAGAACCCAGGUCAUCAGCAUUGCCAGUAGUCACAGUGUCUAAUUGCAUCUCUUUUGGAGACCUAAUCUUGGAAAAAAGAAAAAAAGUAAGCAAUGAUUAACACAUUAAACUUCCACACCAUGUAGCCAACCUAAAUCAGACAAUAGUACCACAUGUUAGCUAUGUGUUAAAUUCCUGUGUUGCAGAUGAGGAUUCAGUUUCUUCUGUACUUCAGUUUUGAUAUUGGGAUGAAUCAAUCUACUUGUAGAGCAUAUGACAUUUAACAAAAGGAAGUAUACUUAAGCCAUAGUAAUGAAAAACUACUCAGUGAUACACAAUCAAUUUAGUUAUAUGUUGCACCCCUGAAUUUCUGUUGUCGAUUUUUGUCUGCCACUCAGAAUUUUGGGGGAGCAGGGUUUUUUUGUCUUAUUUUGAGGCCACCAGGAAGCGAAGUCAACAGCCCAACUCUUAGUAUCCUGAACCAAUUAAGUCUCGAGGAAGCUUUCAUUAUGUUUUAAAGAAUAAUUAGUUUAACUUACCUGACAAAUAUUGCUCCUAUCACACAAUAUAUGUUUUUUAAAAAGCAUAUAAAAAUGGAAAAAGUAUGAUGUAUUUUAUGUUGAUUGGUUAGAUUAAAUAGUCUUCACUGCUGCUUCGAUUUAACAAGCCUGGGAAGGGUUGAGAGAACAAGAAAAUGAAACUAGAGGUAAAUAAAUACAAAGUAAGUUUUUAUUUAUGUGAACUAAAACAAAUAUUAAAAUGAGCACAGAUAGUACUGGAGUCAAAUACACUUAAAUAAAUCAAAUAGACAUGUAAUCUCAUAAAUGUCACUCUUUCUAGUAGUACAGACCAUAACUGCACCCAAACCUUCUGAGUUGGUCUUUUUUUUUUUUUUAAAUUUUUAUUUAAUAAUUACUUUAUAUUGACAGAAUCCAUGCCAGGGUAAUUUUUUUUUUUUACAACAUUAUCCUUUGCACUCGUUUCUGUUCCAAUUUUUUUUUCCCCUCCCUCCCUCCACCCCCUCCCCUAGAUGGCAAGCAGUCCUUUAUAUGUUGGAUAUGUUGCAGUAUAUCCUAGAUACAAUAUAUGUUUGCAGAACCGAACAGUUCUGUUGUUCAUAGGGAGAAUUGGAUUCAGAAGGUAUAAAUAACCUGGAAGAAAAACAAAAAUGCAGAUAGUUCACAUUCGUUUCCCAGUGUUCUUUCUUUGGGUGUAGCUGCUUUUGUCCGUCAUUUAUCAAUUGAAACUCAGUUAGGUCUCUUUGUCAAAGAAAUCCACUUCCAUCAAAAUAUGUCCUCAUACAAUAUCGUUGUCGAAGUGUAUAAUGAUCUCCUGGUUCUGCUCAUUUCACUUAGCAUCAGUUCAUGUAAGUCUCGCCAGUCCUCUCUGUAUUCAUCCUGCUGGUCAUUUCUUACAGAACAAUAAUAUUCCAUAACAUUCAUAUACCACAAUUUACCCAGCCAUUCUCCAAUUGAUGGGCAUCCAUUCAUUUUCCAGUUUCUAGCCACUACAAAUAGGGCUGCUACAAACAUUUUGGCACAUACAGGUCCCUUUCCCUUCUUUAGUAUUUCUUUGGGAUAUAAGCCCAAUAGAAACACUGCUGGAUCAAAGGGUAUGCACAAUUUGAUAAUUUUUUGGGCAUAAUUCCAGAUUGCUCUCCAGAAUGGUUGGAUUCGUUCACAACUUCACCAACAAUGCAUUAGUAUCCCAGUUUUCCCGCAUCCCCUCCAACAUUCAUCAUUAUUUUUUCCUGUCAUCUUAGCCAAUCUGACAGGUGUGUAGUGGUAUCUCAGAGUUGUCUUAAUUUGCAUUUCUCUGAUCAAUAAUGAUUUGGAACACUGAGUUGGUCUUUAUUGCUGUUUAUGGUAUUUAAAAGUUCUGUUUUUCCCUUGACCUACCCACUGAGGCCCCUGAUCCUGCUUAUUCUUUCCAGUUAUCUUUAAUUUUCAUAAUUUCUCUAUUUCCAAAGCACUCUAAUUUAGAAAUCUGAUGUUCAUAGAACUAGAACUGAUCUGGUCCAACUUUUUAUUUUAUAGAUAAUUGAGGGCCCAAGAGAUAUGGUGAUUUACCAAGGUCACAUGGGUAAUAAAUGUCAAAUGUGAAAUUUGAACUUAGGAUCUCUGACUCUAAAACCAGUCGUUUAUCGCUGUCAUGCCUGAAUUAGUGACUAGCCCAAAAUACUUCUUGAGCAGUUUCUACAUACCUAACAUGGUGCAAAGGAAUGGUUCUGGUAUACAAGUAAUUUGAGAGACAAAAUAAAACAUAUGAAUCAAAUGUUGAAGAAAGUAUAUACCAUUUCAAAAGUCUUUCUUGACACCAUUCUGCCUCAAUGCUCAUAUCUAAUAAGUUGCCAAGAUUUGACAAGUUGACAAGAAUAUCUUUUGCAUUUGAAUCUUUCUCUCCAUUCAUGCAACCAUCAAGUUUAUAUUAUCUCUCAUCUAGACUAUUACAAAAACCCCUUUUUAAAAAAAUAUUUAUUUUUAAUUAAAGCUUUUUAUUUACAAAACAUAUGCAUGGGUAAUUUUUCAACAUUGACCCUUGCAAAGACUUCUGUUCCAAAUUAUACCCCUCCUUCCCUCCACCCUCUCCCCUAGAUGGCAGGCAGUCCAUACAUGUUAAAUCUGUUAAAAUAUGUUGAAUCCAAUAUAUGUAUACAUAUUUAUACAGUUAUGUUGCUGCACAAGAAAAAUCUGAUCAAUAAGGAAAAACUGGGAAAGAAAAAAAAGAUGCAAACAACAGGAAUGAGAAUGUUAUGUUGUGGUCCACACAGCUCCCACGGUCCUCUUUUUGGGUGUAGAUGGCUCUCUUCAUCACUGAACAAUUGGAAUUGGUUUGAAUCAUCUUAUUUUUGAAGAGAGCCACAUCCAUCAGAAUUGAUCAUUAUACAGUCGUCUUGUUGCUGUGUUUCAUGAUCUCCUGGUUCUGCUCAUUUCACUUAGCAUCAGUUUAUGUAAGUCCAGACCACUCUUGAAAUCAUCUGCUGGUCAUUUCUUACAGAACAAUAAUAUUCCAUAACAUUCAUAUACCGUAACUUAUUCAGCCAUUCUCCAACUGAUGGGCAUCUAUUCAGUUUCUAGUUUCUUAUCACUACAAAGAGGGCUGCCACAAACAUUUUUGCACAUAUGGGUCCCUUUCCCUCCUUUAAGAUCGCUUUGGGAUAUAGGCCUAGUAGAAACACUGCUGGGUCAAAGGGUAUACCUCUUAAUUGGACUCUGCCUCCCCUUUCUCCUUUCCCACUAAUAGUUCCCACAGCUUCUAGAAAUCUUCAGUGAGGGUAUUAGAAAACAAACACCUUUUCAUAACUGAAAUUCAAUGAUCCACUACAUCAUUAUCAACUUAAACAUGAAUUGAAAUGGAGAAUGGAAAGAUCAUAUGAAGCCCAGGGUUCUUAGGAAUACCAAUAACAAAUGUCACACCACCCUCUUCUCCAAUAUUCCCUUCCCCAUUCCACAUCGCUGCAAAAAACAGAAAGUUAGCUCCUUCAUCUAUUCUAGGACUUCGGAAAAGGACUGUGGAGGUGGGUGGAACAUAAAGUCUACGUUAAAAAGUGGGAAAAAAAUGGAGUCUCUUUUUAGUGAAGAAAGGAGCGUCUUAGAGGGUGGUGCUGGAGUCUCUCCUCUCUCCUCUUUGAUCAUUCUACUAGUCUACUGACCGUGCCCUCUGCAUUGAAAAAGUUUGGGGCAUCCUUGGGGGUGGGGGAAGUGGACUCGUAAUAAGGUGUUUUCUGAAGAGACAGGGGCAGGAUUGGCUUGCAGGAGGGUGGGGAGAGAGGAGGCGGGGAGAAGUCUUAGUGGAUAUAACAUAGACUAACAUCUAGAGCUCGUCUUAGUCCUGAUGGACAGCUCCAAGCUCAGGAAAAGAUCCAAAUUCCAACAGCAGAGAUACUAGAGAGGGGAAAAUCCCAAGGCUUCUCAUCCUUUGCGGUCCCGUCCUUUCUUCCUUCUUUUAGCUUUGCACCGUGAAGGGGGAAAUACCCUACAAUAAAUAAUCUUGGGAGGAAAAGAAAGGAGAAACUAAACCAGACUUCCCUUUUAUCCUCCGUACCCCAGUUCCACUUGCAAGGAAGGCAGUCGGCUCCCUGAGAGUCUACUAGGCUUUGGGCCGCCCCACCCUCAUUAUGCGGUGGGGUGCCGGUUGCCUAGGCGACUGGAGAGCUUAUCCCACCUCCUCUUCCAGCCCCUCCCCCGGUCGGCCAUCCCAAGCUCCUUCUCCCUCGCCCCCGCCCCCCUCGGUCGCAGAAGUAGCAGUUAGCUACAGGCUACAGUCAUCGCCCGGAGCUGGGGCUCUAGCUGGCAGCCAGACCCGCGGAGCUUAGCUUCGAGUUCUGCGCUCCCGAGGCAGCUCCACUUCCCUUUCUUCCCCACUGCCCUUUCCCACCUCCCGCCACCCCCGCCCCUCCUUGCGUCAUUCAAGACUCAUCCACUCCCUAGCCUAUCCCCGCCUCCCCACACCUUUGACUGACCUACUACGAGAUCCUUUACCGGGCCUCGCCCUCUUUCCCCCCAUCCCCAGCCUCGGGGUCUGGCUCUUCUUCUCUGUCCACGCGUGUUUAACCUCGCGCUCUGGGCUUCGACCUCCACGAGCGAAUCCUUUCCCCAUCUGGCACCGGACCUAUAGCCCUGCGCGACCUCCCUACAUGACACCCGGCUGAGGGUCGGCGAUGGAGGGAGACUGUGUUGAAUCGCUAGUUACUAUUAAGAAUAUUGAACGAGAGCUCAUCUGCCCAGCAUGCAAGGAACUAUUUACCCAUCCGUUGAUCCUUCCUUGUCAGCACAGUAUCUGUCAUAAAUGUGUUAAAGAACUUCUUUUACUGACACUUGAUGAUUCAUUUAAUGAUGUGGCAUCAGAGAGCUCCUGUCAAAGUAGCCCUCGGCUUCGAGUCCAGUCUCCUAGUAUGGAUAAAAUUGACAGAAUUAACAGAGCAGGAAUGAUCAAUUAUUCAGGCUGGAAACGCAGCUCAUUGACUCCUAGGACGACCACUUUUCCCUGCCCUGGUUGUGAGCAUGAUAUUGACCUGGGAGAGCGUGGAAUCAAUGGUUUGUUUCGAAAUUUCACUUUGGAAACGAUUGUGGAAAGAUACCGACAGGCAGCCAGGGCAGCUACAGCCAUUAUGUGUGACCUCUGCAAACCUCCACCUCAAGAAUCCACUAAAAGUUGCAUGGACUGCAGUGCAAGCUACUGUAAUGAAUGCUUCAAAAUAUAUCAUCCUUGGGGCACUGUAAAAGCUCAGCAUGAGUAUGUAGGCCCAACCACUAAUUUUAGACCUAAGAUUUUAAUGUGCCCUGAACAUGAAAUGGAGAGAGUAAACAUGUACUGUGAAUUAUGUAGAAGACCAGUUUGUCAUCUCUGUAAGUUGGGUGGUAAUCAUUCAAACCAUCGGGUAACCACCAUUAGCAGUGCCUAUAAAACCUUAAAGGAAAAACUUUCAAAGGACAUUGAUUAUCUUAUUGGCAAGGAGGGCCAAGUUAGAAGCCAGAUAUCAGAACUGAACUUGCUAAUGAAAGAAACAGAGUGCAAUGGAGAGAGGGCUAAAGAAGAAGCAGCUUCACAUUUUAAUAAACUCUUUGAAGUUCUGGAGGAAAAGAAGUCGUCUAUUAUCAAAGCAAUUGAUGUUUCAAAGAAAUUAAGAUUAGACAAGUUCCAGACCCAAAUGGAAGAAUAUCAGGGACUUUUGGAAAAUAAUGGACUUGUAGGAUAUGCUCAAGAAGUGCUUAAAGAGACAGAUCAGUCUUGCUUUGUUCAAACGGCAAAACAACUCCAUCUCAGAAUCCAAAAAGCUACUGAGUCUUUGAAGACCUUCCGGCCAGCAGCUCAAACGUCUUUUGAAGACUAUGUUGUUGAUGCAUCUAAACAAGAAGAACUUCUUGGAGAAUUAGCUUUUUUCUCUAAUGGUGUAGAUAUACCAGAGAUCAAUGAAGAACAGAGCAAAAUAUAUAAUAAAGCCUUGAUAAGCUGGCAUCAUCCUGAAAAGAAUAAUAAAGCUGAUAGUUAUAUUCUUGAAUAUCGAAAGAUUAGUAGAGAAGAAGAAAUGUUAACCUGGAGUGAGACAGAGGUCUAUGGUACCAGUAAAGUAAUUUCUGAUCUUGAAAGUAACAGUAGCUAUGCCUUCAGAGUGAGAGGAUAUAAAGGUUCAGUCUGUAGUCCUUGCAGCAGAGAAGUGAUUCUACAUACUCCACCAGCUCCAGUUUUUAGUUUUCUCUUUGAUGAAAAAUGUGGAUAUAACAAUGAACAUCUAUUGCUGAAUCUAAAGAGAGAUCGUGUGGACAGUAGGGCUGGAUUUUCUCUUCUGCUUGCUGCUGAACGUGUCCAAGUGGGUUGUUAUACAAGCUUAGAUUAUAUCAUUGGAGACACUGGAAUCACCAAAGGAAAACACUUUUGGGCUUUACGUGUGGAACCAUAUUCAUACAUGGUUAAAGUGGGAGUUGCUUCCAACGAUAAACUACAAGAAUGGCUCCACAAUCCUCGUGAUAUAAGUAGCCCAAGAUAUGAGCAAGAUAGCGGUCAUGACAGUGGAAGUGAAGAUACCUGCUUUGACUCAGCACAGCCCUUUACAUUAGUUACUAUAGGCAUGAAGAAAUUUUUUGUCCCCAAGUCACCUACUUCUUCCAGUGAACCUGAAAAUAGAGUUCUUCCCAUGCCAACAUGUAUAGGAAUUUUCCUCGACUAUGAUAAAGGCAAAGUUGGGUUUUAUGAUGCAGAUCACAUGAAAUGCCUUUAUGAGCGUCAAGUGGACUGCUCAGGUACAAUGUAUCCUGCAUUUGCAUUAAUGGGAAGUGGAGGAAUUCAGCUUGAAGAAACCAUCACAGCAAAGUAUCUGGAAUACCAAAAUGACAUGUAGUACAAAGAUCUACUAAUGCUGCUUAGGAUGAGAAAUGUGAGCAAAAGAAUGCCUUAGCAUUAACAGUCAGAACUAAUUACAUAUCUCCUAAGUGCUUUUGCCAUACUUGUUUUGUGUGUAUGUGUGUUUUCCUUAAAACACAGAAAAAAACCAAAAUAGUUUUUUCUUCCAUCUUAAUUAUUCUGCAUUCCUUUGUGAUGGAGUUAAGGGCAUUUUUUUCCCCCUCAAGUUACUACUGAAAUAGUCAGUUAGCAACUGAGUUUUCCUUGAUGAGUGUCUUUGUGAGUUGGAAAUAUGUAAUUUGUCAACUAGCAAUUUUCAUCUUAAUUUUUUAUUCAAAAGAUCUCAUUUUAAGGAAUAUUUGUGUUUGUUUUUCCUACUUUAAAUCAUGUCUAUGUCCUAAGAAAGAUUAUUUUAAAAUAAUUUAUGGAGAAAAAUGAGUAUUAAAUGGUGUCUCUUGUAUUUGUUUUUUAUAGGAAAAUAAAAUUUACAAAUAAUGGACAAAGAGAAUAAAAAUUAUGGUAACAUACUUAAAUAGGAAAGAAUGAAUUUCAAAAUGUUUUCUAAAAUGUUAAUAAUAUAAGAUGAUAGUACUUGUUAUACAUACAUACUAUAGCUGGGUUUUUUUUGACAACCAAAUGCACUACAUUACAUAUAAAAUAGUAAUAUCUUAAAGGUUUCCCCCUCCCCACUGGAAACAGAUGUUGUUGUUUCCUAAACAUCCUACACAUGGAACUGUAAUAAAUUUGGUUUUUUAUUAGAAAUAUUAAAAUUAAUUCAAAGAUGGAUAUUUUUCAGUUUGUGUAAUCCUUUAAAAUAAUUUAAAAUAGUUCUAAUUUGUGUUUCCCUUUAGACAAACAUAAACUUGGAGGAAGAAGUUGAAUUUGUCUUCAGUAAAUAAUUUUAGAAAAUUUUGGUUCCAAGUGCACUGAUAUUUAAAUGAAAUAUUUGCUAUUUUGCCCUUAUGAUAUUUUGAGUAUUUAAUAUCAUUUAGUAUGCCUAUUACAUUUCAGUUUUACUGUUUUAAAUGUUUGAAAGAUUCUGCACAAGUGUUUUUUAUGAGUUUAUCUUUUAUAACAUUAAAAAUAUUCUAAAAUGUGAAAUAAUAGCUGAUGGUCUAAUUGACAUUUUCUGUGUGUUAUUACUUUAUGUGAAUAAUAAACUUUGGCAAAGUAAGCAAGUAGAAGUAAAUGUUUGGGACUGCAACUGAAAUAUAGCAUAUUUACUGUAUAGAUGCACUUUUAUUAAUACUUGGAGGAAAUUAAUUGUAAGUGGAAUGUUUAGACCAUAAAAUCAUUCUUUGCCUGAGCUUUUUAUGUUCAGUUUUAUAGGUUGUAUUUACAUUAUUGUUUAGGAAUAAAUAUAUAGGGACUGGCCUGUCAGUUACACUGAUAUAGGAAACUCUUAGUUAAGAAAGCUCCCUUGACCAAUGUUUGCAGGUACCUUCCUUGAAACUUAUUGUUUUAAGAGAAUUAGAUGUCUAGAGCACUGAGAAGUUAAAUGGCCUGCUCAAGGUCAUAGAGCCCGAAAGAGUCUUCUUGUUCCAGGACUUACUGGCUUCAAAGACUGGCUCCUAUGCCAUGCUGCCUGAUACUUUUAUUACAUGGUUUAUAUAAAUAAUACUUGCUUCUUUAUUAAAAUUAGGCAAUUAUGCAUACUAAAGUCUUAUCCCUUUACUGAGAUGGAUAACAUUCCAAUGUUUUGUUGGAUUUUUUUGACUCAUUUAAUAAAUUAAUUCUUCAAGCUCUCUAGUUUUAAACUGAAAAAUCAGGUUAAAGUGUUCUUACAUAUGCAAUUUAUUGUUCAAUUGGAGUGUACUAUGGCUUGGAAGAAAUUCAGUAUUAAGUAGCAUUUGCUUAAUUUAUCUGAUAAUAGCACUUUAUAACUUAGGCUAAGCUAAAAAAAUGUAUGGUGUUAUGUGGAUUGUUGUACAAUAAAAUUGCUGAAGUAUCAUGUGUUGAUGAUUACAAAUUGAAUUUUUCAAACUUUUGUAUGAGUGUAAAUCAUGUAGGUAUUUUAAAACUUAGAGCCUGUGACCAAAGUAGGAAAAUUUUAUUUGGAAUUGUACAUUGGUAAAUAACUGUUCAUUUGAUUUUGGGAAAAAAAAAAUAAAAAUGAGAAGUGGCAAAAUCCUUUUAUUUACACAUUUAAAUUCUUAGAAUUUUUAAAAAUUACUUUGAAAGUUUCAUACUGGAAUAAAAUAAGUGUUCAUUGAGAA